AAGAUUCAUUUGGAGAUGGCAAGAAAGUAAUAGUGAGAACUGACUGUGUUGCUAGGAUACCAGCUAUAGAUAAGAUCUGUAGAAAAAGUAGAGUUAUCCACUUUAAAAAGAAGCCACUGCAUAACUGAAGGGCUGAGAUCAAAUCCACUUUAUAGGAGUAAAAAUUUGCCCUGAAUAAGCUCGAAGUUAAGGUAGAAUAUCUUUCUACUUUUUGAUAAUUUGUAAUAUGGAACUUUUUUAAAGUUCCAUCAUAUUGCAAUACCUCUUGAUAACAGCAGUGGAUGAAGAGGCAAUAAAUAUAACACUGACAAGAAUCUUCAUAACUUGCUUCAGUUUGAAAUAUGGCUUAAAGCAAUGGUUACUGUUUUCUGUUCUCAAAUGAAGCUUUUACAAAACUGUAACAAUUAUAUACAAUUUAAUCUAUAUUGGGAAACGUAUCUGAAGACCACUAUCUUACAGAUUUUAGUUGAUUUUUAUUUAUUUCCAUUUUUUUCUUCUUUUUCUUUUCCUAACUUCAAGAUUAAACUUUUUUUUCUUGAUAGCUUAUUCAACAGAUGGGGAAAAUAUUUCGAUGCUAGACUAAUGGGAGAUAACUAUGAAUACACUAUUUCACAAAUACAUUUCCCCUCAAAAGUCUGUGCCGCCUUGUCCAGUAUGCAACUAUGACAAGGAUUAAAACAGUGAGAGGUUUGGGUUUCCUUUACGGAACGGUGCUUCAGCAAUUUACUCUUCUACUGAGUGCGACUAUAUAUAAAUAUGUAUGUUUGCUUGCUUGCGUAUUUGUGUGUUGCAGGAAAGAAUCACAAGUUAAAACGAACACAUAUAUUACCAAACUCCAUAGCUAAAUUGAAGAUUACUUUAUGUUGAAAGUAUAUCUUUAUUGAAAUUGUUGUGCUAGCUUCUAGACCAAUGGAUGCAACUUGAUAAAAAAAAAAUAAUAACUUCACUAAUACUUAUAAUUGUUCGCAUCUAGUAAUCGCUUAAUGAUAUACGCAAAAAAAAAAAACUACCGAAAUCGCAAAAAAAAAAUUCAUGUAAUGAAGUUCUCGUAAGGAUUCCCAAAGAUAUGGACAAAAUCUACAUGUUAUAUUACGAAGAUUCUUCAAAUAGUGAUUGAAAAAGUUGGAGAUCUUUUCAAAUUUUAAAGUUACACAUCGUUGUAACUUCAUACAUUCUUUUGGUUGUGCUUUCAUUAUUAUUUGAAGAAUUAUCAGAGAAAAAUAUUCUGAGCAAGCAUAGAAGCCGGACUUAUUUGUAAAGGUAGGAGUAAUUUGACAGUUCUACAACUUGUUAGCGGGUACACAGUAAAUGGUUGCUACAAAUAUUCUUUAGCGAUGAACUUCACAUCAUUGCACUUUGGAUGCUAACCGUUGACUAACUGGGAUGUACGUUAAAUCUGGACACGGACACAAGUCAUGUAAGAAAAUGAAAGGGAUUACGCGAUUCCCAUAUAAAACUUAGCGAAAAGUUGUUGAUAUAUUUGUUAGAUUCGAUCAAUUGGUCUAGAUUCGAAGGUUAAUUGCUUUUGAUAAGAGAAGGAGAAAAAGAGAAUUAUCACUAAUAACUUAUAAACAAGCUGUUAUCAACCAACGUUCAUUUGGAAUGUGGAGCAUGUUUCUCAGCAUAUCGACGAAAAAUAACUAAGGAUCCAUUUAAGAGUAGAUUAGAAAGUAACUAAACAGUUGUCAUUUGAAACUGGUUUAACAGAGAAGGGAAUCUUGUUAGAAUGUCACUUAUUACAUCCAGUGUGUUUAACAGUAUAAAGAGAACUGCAAUAAAAAGGGAAACAUUUUCGGCGAGUGUCCUUACGUGCACUCAGAAUGAGUUCGAACUUAAGAAGGAACUUAGAAGUAUAAGCCAAUUGGCAUCUUAAGUUUCAGAGUGAAGUGGGAGAUGUUUGUGAAAAUCUAUUUGGCUCUCCAAAUAUAUGCGCACAACUCUUGUAAGUUAUUAAGAAUGAACAAUCAUCGAUAUUGUUAAAAGUUUGGGAAUUUUGAAGUCUUCUACUGAUGAUCAAUAGACUUUGUUCCUUCACCUUUGGACUAAUCAUACUAACUCGGGGACUGAAAGAAGAAAGAAAAACGAGAUAUUGACAGUUGUGUUUAAAACAGACAAAAGCAAAAAUGAUAAUAAAUAAAAGUAAAAAUAAUAAUUCAUAAAUAAAAGUUUUAAAAAAAAGAUAAAUCGUGUCCCCCGACUGAUAACAAGCAAAUGAGUUAUAUCAUUUUUGUCGACAGUUUGACUUUCUCGGAUAGAUUAUAUAGGAAGAGCAACUGCCAAAGUAGCUGUUACCGUCAUGCCAUUCCUUGUCUACAUCGCGCUUCCUGUUGCAGUCAUUUGUUUGACAUUAUAUGUUGUACGUGUGAGAAGAAUCCUACGUUUCCAUGGGGGCCCUCUCGUCUACUACAGCGACGUGACCCUGCAUGGGAAAACGGUUUUAGUGACAGGUGGCAAUACCGGGAUAGGAAAAGAAACAGCCCUGGAUCUAGCCAGCCGGGGAGCCAGAGUUAUAAUAGCAUGUAGAGACUUAGUCAAAGCUGAAAAUGCCGCCAAGGAAAUUAGAAAGAUGACUGGGAAUGAAAGCGUUGCGACGGUACAUUUGGAUUUGGCAGAUUUAGAAUCGGUGAAAAAAAUGUCACAACAAAUACUAAAGAAUGAAACCCGGUUAGAUAUAUUAAUCAAUAAUGCUGGAAUUGGCGUGAAGGUGAAAGAAUGUACAAAACAGAAUUUUGAUCUAUUCUUUGGUGUGAACUACCUCGGACAUUUCUUAUUAACUUACUUAUUGCUCGACCUCCUGAAAAAGUCUGCCCCAAGCCGAAUCAUAAAUGUCAGUUCUCAUGCUCAUAUAUUCGUUAAAAGACUUCCAAGUUUUGAAAGAGGAGAUCCCACUGGGAAAAUAAAAUAUCCUCAGUUGUCCGGAUAUGCAACAAGCAAAUUAGCUAAUAUCCUCCAUGCACAGAUUUUGGCUAAAAAACUCGAAGGUACCGGAGUUACUGCUAAUUCUUUACACCCAGGAAUGGUGAAGACUGAAAUACUAAAAAAUAAUCCAAUAAAUAGUAAAGAAUUACUUCGAAUUGAAAUAUACCGACUUCUCUUCAAAUACAUGGGUAGAUCUGCCAAGGAUGGUGCUAAAGUUAUCAUACAUAUGGCAGUAGACAAAAGUCUUGAAAAUGUCUCUGGCCAGUACUUUGAAAACUUGUCUAUAUCUUCUGGUAAUUUAAGCAAACUAGCUAAAGAUUUAAAUUUUGCUAAGAGUCUGUGGGAUAUUAGUUUAGAAUUAUGUAAUUCAGAAUUAGAACUGAAUUGAAUUAUGGAUUUUUCAAUUACACCAAAAAAAAAAAAAUGGGUGAAGAAAGAAACGUUUGCCCUUUUUUUUUUUUUCUGUUACACAUCAUUGCAAGUGUUUGUCACUAGAAGAAGAAAAAGUGUUUUCAAAGAACACUCAAACUCAUUUCUACCUCUUUGCUGUUUUGAAACUAUUAAAGAUAAAUUUAAGGGAUAUAUGUUAUUACAAAUUAAAUUUCCUUAAAAUUGAAUUGUCACCAUUCAAAAAAAGAUGAGUAAAAACGAGAGAGAACAAGAUUGUAUUAGCUCUUCAACCCAUUCCUAAACUGCCAUUUUAAUCUGAUUGUGAAAAAUAUCAAAUAUUUUAAAACAAUUUUUAAAUAAUUUUUCAGGCAGCAUAUUAUUUAUAUAUUUUAAUACAAGGUUUAACGAUAAUUCAC